AAAUUUAUUUUUUUAUCAAUUCUCCACAGAUCCCCCUAAAACAUUCAACAACAUGGUUAAUUUCGAAGAAGCUUGUGAAUUGGCUAAGAACUUUAGCAAGAAGCCCUCUGACUCUGAAUUCUUGGAAUUCUAUGGUCUCUUCAAGCAAGUCACCGUUGGCGAUUGUAACAUCGAGAAGCCAGGUGUUUUGGAUUUGAAAAAGAAGGCCAUGUGGGAAGCCUGGAACUCCCACAAAGGUUUGUCCCAAGAUGCCGCCAAGGCUGCCUAUGUGCAAGUCUAUGAGAAAUAUGCUCCCAAAUAUGCUUAAAUAAAACGCAGACAAAAG